AUAUAUAAAAACCCUCUCGCACUGUGGAAACUGAGCCACACAGCCAGCUGUACAGGCAGCGAGGCUCUCACUCUUAUUCUUGGACGGCGCUCUCUCCAGAAUCAAAAAAAGAGUCACCCCAACGUUCCCAGAAUCAAAAGAGCUGGAAGAUCUGAUCGAAGAAGAGAAGGAAGUAAUACAGUAUUUUGACCAUGGCCGUCCCCUUAGAACAAGCCGAAGAGUUGCGUCUCUACCAGCAAACUCUUCUCCAAGAUGGGCUCAAGGACUUGCUAGAUCACAACAAGUUCUUAGAUUGUGUCUUGAAGGUGAAAGGGAAGGAGUUUCCAUGUCACCGCCUGGUCCUGGCAGCCUGCAGUCCCUACUUCAGGGCCAUGUUCCUCUCCGACAUGGAAGAGAGUAAGAAAAGGGAGAUCAGCUUAGAAGAUGUGGAUCCAGAAGUGAUGGGUAAGAUUCUCCACUACAUCUACACCUCAGAACUGGAGAUCACAGAGCAGAACGUUCAAGACAUCUUUUCUGUGGCCAACAUGUUUCAGAUCCCUUCCAUUUUCACAGUCUGUGUCUCUUUCCUUCAGAAGAGGCUAUGCCUCAGCAACUGCCUGGCCAUUUUCAGGCUGGGUUUGAUGUUGGACUGUGCCCGCUUGGCAAUUGCUGCCCGGGAUUUCAUUUGCGACCGCUUUGCCCUGAUCUCCCGGGAUGAGGAAUUCUCCCAGCUCUCGCCUGAUGAGCUCAUUGCCAUCAUCUCCAGUGAUUCUUUGAAUAUCGAAAAGGAAGAGUCUGUCUUUGAGGUGGUAAUGAAAUGGGCCACAGCCAAGGACCGCGAGAGUCGAGGGAAGUCCCUGCCGAUAGUCUUUGAGAGCAUCCGUUUCCGCCUCAUGGAGAAGGAUUACUUCAGGGACAAGGUGGAGAAGCAUCCUUUGGUCAAGUCCAACCCAGAACUGCUUAAGAAGUUGCAGAUGGUGAAGGAUGCCCAUGAGGGGAAAUUCACAGUGGUGAAAAGGGUAAAGAAAAAGGGGGAGAAGAAGCCUGGGGACAAUGUCAUCAAUGGAGGAGUAGAGGAAGAAGGUGAUGAUAAAGAGAAGGAGGAGGAGGAAGAAGAAGGCCUUCCAGGGAUCUUAAAUGAUACCAUGCGGUUUGGGAUGUUCCUUCAAGAUCUCAUUUUCAUGGUCAGUGACUCUGGGGCGGUGGCCUAUGACCCGGGGGCCAAUGAGUGCUAUUACGCCUCCCUCUCGGCUCAGAUCCCAAAGAACCAUGUCAGCUUGGUCACCCGUGAGAACCAGGUCUUCAUAGCUGGUGGACUUUACUACAAUGAGGGCAAUAAAGAGGACCCAAUGAAUUCCUAUUUUCUGCAGUAUGAUCACUUGGAUUCAGAUUGGCUUGGGAUGCCACCUCUCCCAUCUCCGCGCUGCCUCUUUGGACUUGGUGAAGCAGAAAAUUCCAUCUUUGUGGUAGGAGGAAAGGAACUGAAGGAAGGCGAGCAGACACUGGAUUCAGUCAUGUGCUAUGACAGGCUGUCCUUCAAAUGGGGAGAAUCAGACACUCUUCCUUACCCAGUCUAUGGCCAUGGAGUGGUGUCCCACAAUGACCUCAUCUACGUCAUAGGAGGCAAAGGAAACGAUAAGAAGUGCCUGAACACACUGUUGGUCUACAACCCAAAGAAAUUUGAGUGGAAGGAGCUGACACCCAUGAAAAAUGCCCGUUCACUCUUUGGGGCAACCAUACACAAUGACAAAAUCUAUGUGGCGGCAGGCGUGACCGACUCGGGUUUGACCAAUUCACUGGAAGUUUAUGACAUUGCAACUGACAAAUGGGAAGCCUUCACUGAAUUCCCCCAGGAGCGCAGUUCUGUCAGCCUGGUCAGCCUGGCUGGGACACUUUUCCUCAUCGGAGGCUUUGCCACAGUAGAGACAGAGUCUGGAGAAUUGGUGCCAACUGAGCUCAAUGAUGUCUGGAGAUACGAUGAAGAAGGAAAGAAGUGGGAAGGUGUCCUCCGGGAGAUCCAGUACGCAUCAGGCGCUACAUUUCUUCCGGUGCGGCUCAACAUCUUGAGACUAACAAAGAUGUGAUCAUGUUGGGGCAUCACUUUGUCUUUUGACCAUUGGGCUCCCCAUGUCUCCCACUCCCAUCCCUCACUUACUUUUGUAUGUCUACAUUUAAACAUUUGAUGAUGCAGUGCCAUUUUUUUUUUGUUAGAUAAAACCAGGAAAAACA